AUGGUGCGUCAGACGUUUUUGGGCGACAAUUGAGGGGUCCGUUCGAAAUGUGCGCGGCGGUAGAGAAAGAACCGAAGCAAAAGGCUGAUAAGCAGAAGGAAAUGUUUCCCCUGAACAUCAAGAUCAAGCAAGAGAAAACCACGAGCUACGAAGAUUCCAGCAAAUCGGAAACCGUCGACAAACUUUCGAUUGAUGUGAACUUAACCAACAUUUUCUCCACCACCAUAACCUCCGGCACAGGCACGGUCACGGAUAGGCAUGGCUCCGACAGUGCCGACGUUAAACCGUCGCUCGAACCACUGAAAUCGUCGAACGAGAUCCUGACCGAACUGUUCCGAGUGUUCAAUGCGGCUCCGCCGGAGAUUAUUGAUGACGAUUCGAACGAUGUCGCCCCCGUUGAGCAAGAGAAAAAGAAAAAGAAACAUAAACAUAAGAAGAAAAGUAAAAAGCAUAAAGGAUGUACUAGCGACACGGAACUAGAAGGGCCCGUGGCUGCUCCACUGGCUCCCAUUGUUGGUGAGGUACGGGUAAAGAGGAAAAAAAUCAAAAAGGAAAAAGAUCGCGAACACAAGAAUAAACAUAAACGGAAAAGACCUCGCGAGGAAACGCUGCUCGUCACAAUCAAGCAGGAACCUUUGGACGUCUACGAAAAACCUGCGAAAGACCUCGGUCACGCGAAGCACAAGGACAAAAGGGACAAAGAAGAAAGCAGACCCAAAGAGGAAAAACCGGUGGAAGAAGCGAAACUACCGAUCAAGGGCAAAAUACAAAUCAAAAGUCUCAAGAAUAGUUCAAUUUUCAAAGAUCUGACCAAGAGUUCGACGGUGUCCAAGGAGCAUGACCAUGAUAGGCAUCACGGCGAUCGCGCGGAGAUGCGCAAACGUAAAGCUUCGGAUUCGGACUUUUCGAUGUCCGACGAUGAAAGCCGCGGCCAGAAAAGGUACUACGAUUUCUAUCAGAAAAAGUAUAACUCCUUCUACGCGAGUUACGAAGAAGAAAAUGAUCGGCACCGGCAUGAGCGGAAGCGGCAUAAGCGCAGCGAAGAACACGAUCGAAGGGCCCGCUCGGGGACAGCUUCGUCUCGCUCGAGGUCACGCUCACCGGAGCAGUUUGACAAACAGAAGCUUUUGGAGAUUGCCCGCAAGAAUGCGAUCAGUAUGAUCAAGCAGGGUACGCUUCCGGGAGCGCAAAACCUGGACGGGGAAUCAAAAACCAAACUUAUCUCGAUGGUGCGGACCAGCGGCAAAAGCGUCGAGGAACUGACGGAGUACUGUAAGAAACUAUCCAACAAGGAUAAUUUUAACGAUCUUUCCAGUGUGUCUUCCGACGAAAGUGACCACGACGCGGACGGUGGUAGCAAAGCGUUUCACCAUCCGUUUCAACUCAAGGAACAGGCCCCGAUUGUUAUGAACAUCCGCAACGCGACCCGCAUUCAGCCGAAGUCAGCGGAAGAGAAAAAAGCGCUACUGAUGCAGUUCCCGGUCUCGUCCGGGAUACAGCAUCGCACGACAGAGAACGAAUGGGUGCCUGUGGAGCCUAAGAAAGCUCAGCCUCCGAUCAAGGCAACAGCCCAAGGUGGUGGCCAAAUGAAUAAACCGAAGCCGAAACCGAUACUGCCCCCGUCGGCAACCUUCGUGCCGCAACAAGCACCGCUUCCUACUGCGGAUUAUGGUGGACCUUCGACAUCCCAUCAAGCGCUACCAGGACCGAGCGUUGUUGCUUCGCAAAAUCUUUCUCUUCCCAUGAGGCCUCUACAACCUGGCGUGAAUCCUCCAUUGCACCCGAAUGGACCGAGCAGGCCCGCACCCGGUCCAGUGUACGAUCCGAUUUCUCCGAACUACUCACCGGCGCAUGUUGUACCGAUGAGUCAUCAAGUUCCGGGGCCAUCCCAACCUUUCGGCAACAUGGUUCCCGUUGAUCAACCACUCGUGCUGCCGGUAGAUACCAGUGUUCCUCCACCGUUGAUGGGUCCCGAUGCAGUGCACCGCCAGGAGCGGAACCAACGCCAUCCACAACAUUUCUCACCCGCUCACCAUCAACAGCCAGGGCCGCCGGAUAAUGUGUUCCAACCACAACCGGAUGGUCCCCAGCUCGAUGUCGCGCAAAUCGUCAGCCAACGGUUGAAUGCGAUGCGAAAGCUGCAGGAGAAUCCUACCGACCCACAGGCCCGCCAAUUGCUGUACAACACGCAGAAGGAUAUGUCCGUGUGGGCAUCCUCGAAGGUGAUGCCCGGUCAAUUUCUCGGGACGACGGGAGUAAACUGCCUUAGCCAGCGGGAACUGGCCGAGGGCUAUCAACCGUGGGCGAGGCGAGACAUGAUGAAACACACUGCACCCGUGACCGGCGGAAUGGGAAUGCAUCUGCUGCAAAAGAUGGGCUGGCAACCUGGGGAGGGUUUGGGUAAGGAGAAAAACGGGUCCCUGCAACCGCUGCUGCUGGACGUCAAGCUCGACAAGCGCGGCCUUGGUGAGGGCGAGAACAAAAAUCGCAACAUACCUUUCCAACAGCCAUUGUUCACUCGCCGCGAAGAACGACCUGGAGGACGGUUUCCGCACAAUCAGCCCCAUCAGAUGAAGGUUAGCACCGAAGGAAAACAUCCGGUGUCGAUACUCGGCGAGUACACCACCAAGCGGAAGUGGCACGUCCCCCGGUACGAACUGGUCCACGAGAGUGGCCCGGGUCAUGCGAAGAAUUUCAUCUUCAAAGUUCUCGUCAAUGGGUUGGAGUAUCAACCGGCGAUUUCAAACAACACGAAAAAGGAGGCCAAAGCGACGGCGGCCAAGUUCUGUCUUCAGCAGCUGGGAGUUGCAAUCAACUAGGAAAGUAUUAGCUACCAAUCGGCCACCCAUUAUUUUCCUGCUUACCCAAAUCGCGUUACAAAUGCUUGCACACCGCGUCUUGCAAAGUGUUUGGUUAUCUAAAUAUUCUUCCCAAUCCGCGCUGUCCUAAGUAUAACACUAAUCGACGAAA